AUGUACACACAACAUGACGUAGAUGUCCAGGUUUGUUUGUCCUUGGUGCACCAUCCCAAAACCGAUGGGGGUACGGAGAAAGUGAUUGGGAUCCUGAAACAGUACCUGCGCUGCUUCAUGAAUCAGCAGCAGAACAACUGGGUGGAGUACCUAGCUGUGGCAGAGUUUGCAUUUAACUCACAGCAUACCUCCACACGGAUGACGCCCUUCAUGGCUAACAUCAGGUAUCGCCCUCGCUUUUUCCCUCUCACCCCAGUGGACUCCCUGGUCCCCGCAGCGCAGGACUUCCUCUCUGAGCUCCAGGCGAUCCACCAAGUGGUGCACCGCUUUCUGAAUCAGGCAAUGGAGGACUACAAAAGGGUAGCAGAUACGUCUUGCUGUGCAGUGCCGGAAUUGGCUGUGGGAGAUCGCGUGUGGCUGUCCAUGCGGCAUCUUCUGUCCCACCAGCCAGCUAAGAAGUUGGACCACCAGUAUCUUGGGCCAUUCCCCAUGGAGGCCGUCAUCAACACGGUGGCCUAUCGCCUGACACUACCACGCUUGAUGCGAGGUCACCCGGUGUUCCAUCACUCGCUCUUGAUCCCUGAGCGGUCGCAACACAGCAGCCAUGAUGAGACUACGCUCAUGAGCAGCCGCCCAGCAACCCUGGGCAAAGUGCCGCUGACUGACCUAGAGGUACCCGGAAGACACCAAGCAAUGCGAGCUCCUGUUUGCCGCCCUCCACCUCUCACGGCUCGGAGCCUUCGGAAUGCUCCUAGCACAACACAGCCAUUUGACCCUGAGGCUGUGAGUGGCUCUUUGCGAGCCCGCUUGCAAGAGAGCAGCUACCCAGCAACCCCUUCUUUUCAACUAGGCACAAUGCCGGUGACCAAUGUAGCAGUACCCCGAAAGCACCAAGCAAUUCCAAAUGUGUGGAAAACUGCCUUCCUGGAUUUGUUAAGUGGAAGUGAGAAGGAGAACCAUUUUGCUGCUACAACUGUGUUCCUUGUCCAGAGGGGACCAUCUCCACUCAGAAAGAUCUGGUCUCAGGAUGAUAAUGUAGCACUUGGGGAAGAAGAUGCACCCCAGAAGCCCAGCACUGGAGGCCAAGAUGGAAAAGAUCUGCACGACCACCAUGUAUUUCCCUUUGGUGCUCAGGUAGGUUGGCACAAAAGUCACCCAGACACUGCAAAAGACCAGUAUGCUGAAAGUGAUCAGCUUGGCUUCAUUGAAGGCCCCAGGCAGAUUCCUGGCCAGCAAAGCCACUGUGAAGCAGAUGGCAGCCAGGAAGCCAAGGUAGCUGAGGGUGAUGUAGAACAUGACAACAAAGCCUUCAUUGCAUUGCAGAAUCAUCACUCCAGGCUGUAUGAGGUCUCUCCUUACAAGCAGAGGUUUAGGAGCCACGCCUAUGAGAAACAGAAAGGGAUUCAUGAAUGUGGACAAGACACAGAAAAAUGCAUCAAGUGUCCAGAUGACAACUAUCCAAAUGAAAAACAAGUUCAAUGUAUUCCCAAAGUUAUAACCUUCCUGUCUUAUGAAGAAUAUCUGGGCAUCAUCCUGGUCUCCAUCACACUAUUCUUCCUAACCACAGGUUUUGUUUUAAUCAUCUUCAUUCAAUACCGAGAAACUCCCAUUGUCAAAGCCAACAACCGGGACCUCUCUUACAUCCUCCUGGCCUCCCUCCUGCUUUGCUUCUUGUCUCCUCUUCUCUUCAUUGGUCAACCAAGGAAAGCUACCUGCCUUCUCCGACAAACAGUGUUCAGCAUCAUUUUCUCAGUUGCUGUUUCUUCUCUCUUGGCGAAAACCAUCACAGUGGUGCUAGCUUUCCUGGCCACAAAACCAGGAAACCGAGUGAAGAAAUGGUUGCGGAAUAGCUUGGCCAACUCCAUCAUCUUUUCUUGUUCUAGUGUACAAAUUAUCAUCUGUUCCAUCUGGCUGGGAGUUUCUCCCCCAUUCCCUGACUCUGACAUUUACUCCCAGUCUGGAGCAAUCAUCCUGCAAUGCAAUGAAGGUUCUGUUUUCAUGUUCUACAUCACACUCAGCUACCUGGGAUUUCUGGCUUCCAUCUGUUUCACAGUGGCUUUUCUCGCCAGGAAUCUUCCUGGGGCCUUCAAUGAAGCCAAGCUGAUCACCUUCAGCAUGUUGGACUUUGUAUCGAUUCCUGAGCUACCUCGAGAGAAACCACAAAUUUUGUCCCUCUCCGAGUGGCAUGAUCAACUUCACCAAUUUUGGCCCCCAACCCACAAGGCGUUGGAGGCUGCUCACAGGGUGCACAAGAAACAGGCUGAUCAGAAGAGGAUGAAGCCAAAAGAGUACAAAGUGGGGGAUCGUGUGCUUUCGUCCACCAAGUUUCUGCAAACCACCCAAAAAUUGAAAAAACUGGGACCGAAUCUGAUGUUUACUUCAAAGACAGUCCCUGGAGAAGUAGCAGAAGAGAUCCCAGAGACCAGAAUUUUGAAAAUUACAGUGAGAAGUAACUUCUCCUCUGUGAACCCUACAUUUCUUCUGGACUCCAUUUUCAAAGGAACAGCUGGAGAAGAACACCGUAGGGAAAAAUCCUACCCUUGUGGGAAGAUCUACAUUGUUGUGUAA